CUUGGGUUACAUUCCAUACCUGCCGACCUUACUAUAUUUCUCAAGACUCAACCCGCUGUGCGCAAGAGAUCGCAGGAAAAGAAAGAACUAGCUUGAUCGAGCUCGCUAACCAAAGAAGGAGAAAGGAAGCAGAGAGCUAGUCGGCAAGGUCUUCUGACUGAUGGGGAACUGCACGGCCUCGUCGCGGCACGCCGUCGAGUCAUGGGCGGACGACAGCGAGUGGGAGUGGGAGGAGGCGUCGUCAUCGUCGUCCGACAAGCAGCAGCACCACCACCACCGUGCGUCGGAGGAGGAGCACACAGAGGUGACGAUCAGGAUCACCAAGAGGCAGCUGCAUGAGCUGAUGGAGAGGAAGGCGUCCGGCGGCGGUGGCGGGAAGACCCAGCAACUACUGGAGGAUAUCAUGAACUCCGGGGAGGUGCACCACCAUGACCUGCACAAGGACGAGCACUGGCGGCCCGCCCUGCAGAGCAUCCCCGAGGCCGGCGAGUCGUCGUCGGCUGGUCCGUGCAUCUCGUGAGUCGUGACUAAAACCUGCCGGUGUGGCUGGCUGCGCUGCCGAGCUACAUGCGAACCAGAAGCCACGCUCUCUCAUUUUUCUCCUUGUUUCUCGGACCCUCUCGCUGUUGUUGCUUUCGUCCGUGUAUUUUCAUGUCGUUGAAUGUCAUCCAUGACGACCAUGUACAGAGAAUGUGGUUAGACAAUACGUAUAGAUUGCCAGGCUGACGUACGCAAAUACUUGUAGGGAGUUAAGUGUGAAUACCAAUCUCAUAACUCUUUUUCCAUUGAAUUGUCAUUCGGUUAUCUUGUUUCA